AUGCCGCACCGUCCCAGUCACUUGCUCUUAUUUGGUUCUCAAACAGCCGCUGGGCAAGCACUCACUCCACAACAGGCCCAAUGCACUUUGCACGCCGCUCGGCCGCGACCCCUGCUGUGCCGCCCGCUGCCUGCCGCCCCCCCGCAGGCGGCGCUGCUGUCCCCCGACAAGAAGGUGGACCGCGAGUACACGCCCCGGCUGGCCGACGCCAUCCGCACCCCCACCCUGGACUCCCUGGCGCCAGACGCCCGCCUGCCGCCCGUGGGCGACCUGUUUGCCGCCAGGCCUGCGCUGCCGGCGUACCUGGACCUGGAGGCGCUCGCCGCGCCGCAGCUGCCGGCCUGGGACUUCAGCCGCCCCUUCCUCACGGGCCGCUUCCUGUACGAGGCGGCGGCACAGGCCAGCGCGGGGGCAGGCGGCCGGGAGGGCGGCAAGCGGGACGGCAGGGACGGCGUACCGCAGGUGCUGGAGACUUACCCGCCGCACGUGCAGGAGUCGCUGCUGGUGGAUGACCUGCUGUCGGCCUUCAUGGGCCUGUCUGGCAGCUACGUGCGCGCCAAGUUGCUGGAGGCGCCCGGCGGCACGCGCAUCGGCUUUGAGGUGGUGCCCCAGGGCCAGCUGGAGCCGGCGCUGCAGGAGAUGGCGGCGCGCAUGCUGCCCAUCUGCGAGUACGCGGCGGUGGUGCAGCGGUUUGUGGAGACGCGGCGGGUGUACGAGUGGGGGCUGGUGUGCCACGCGCUGGCAGGCGCCAUGCGGCACGUGCUGCAGGACUGGGAACUAAUGGUGGCACAGCUGGAGCACCAGCUGCGCAGCAGCAAGCUCACGCUGCAGGCGCUGUGGUACUAUGUGCAGCCGCCCAUGGCAGCGCUGAAGCUGGUGGCCAGCCUGGCGGCCGAGGCGUCGGCGGGGCAGCUGCGCGGCGCGCCGCUGCUCGACCUGCUGCACGCGCGCUGCGCCGCGGCCAUGGGCGACGCGGCGGCGCACCGCCUGGCGCACCGCCUGCUGCGGGCGGCGGCGGAGCCCUACUUCUCGAUGCUGGAGCGGUGGCUGUGCGAGGGCGCGGUGGACGACCCCUAUGCAGAAUUCAUGCUGGCGGCGGCGGCGGGGGCGGCGGGGACGCCAGGGGCGGCGGCCGCCGCGGCAGCGGCCACGGCGGCCGCGGCCUUGCAGCAGCAGCGGCAGCCGCUGCACGAUGUGCCCGCUUUCCUGCGGCGCCAGAAGGGCGUCAUCCUCAACACCGGCAAGUAUCUCAACGUGAUGCGCGAGUGCGGCACCAAGCCGCCCCGCACGCUGCCGCUGGGCACGCACCUGGAGUACGACGAGGGUGGAAAGUACGCGCUGCGCAUCGACGACGCCCACCGCGCCGCCUCCUCCGCCGCCAUGGAGCUGCUGCGGCGGCGCGAGAACCUGGCGGGCGGCCUGGCGGCGCUCAAGCGCUACUUCCUCACCGCGCAGGGUGACAUGCUGCUGCACUUCAUGGAUGCUGCGGAGCCCGAGCUGCGCAGCCACGUGGGCGCCGUGCCGCUGCUGCAGCUGCAGUCGCUGCUGGACAGCGCGGUGCGGGGCAGCAGCGCGGCCGGCGACCCCGACGCCACCAGGCUGGCGGCCGCCUUUGACCACCGCUCCAUCCUCAACAUGCUCAUCGCCAACCAGCAGGCGCUGGCGGCGCGCAACAACAUCGGCAAGAAGCGGUCGGCGCGGGAGAGCUUCAUGCUGUCGUAUGAGGUGCCGUGGCCGCUGAGCAUCGCGGCCCCAGAGGCGGCGCUGGCGCAGUACCAGAUGGCCUUCCGCCACAUCUUUGAGCUCAAGUGGGUGGAGCGGGAGCUGACGCGCGUGGCGGCGCUGUUCCAGCGCACGGCGGGGCUGGCCAACCGCCGCGCGCGCAUGCGGCGGGCCUCGCUGGGCGGCGGCCCCGCGCGCGACGACCUGCUGGCGGCGGCGCUGGCGCAGUCGUGCAGCACGUGCCAGCUGAUGACCCACUUCUUCCGCCAGUACCUCAUGUACGUUACCUUUGAGGUGAUGGAGCCGCUGUGGGGCGCCUUUGAGGCCAAGCUGCAGACCGCCAGCAGCCUGGACGAGAUUGUGGAGCAGCACAAGGCCUUCCUGCGGCAGCUGAUGAAGGGGUGCCUGCUGUCGCGCAAGGUGGCUGUGCUGCGCACGCUGCUCAGCCUCAAGGACCUGGCCAUGCGCUUUGUCAAGGUGUCUGACGACGCCGCCAGCGUGCCCUGGGAUGCGCUGGACGAGGAGGUGGAGCAGAAGUGCAUGGGCUCAGGUGUGUGUGUGUGUGUGAGAGAGAGUGAGAGAGAGAAGAGCGUGUUGGGGCGCGCCUGUGCCGUGCGGGGGCGGUUUGGAUGGUCGGCGGGACUGGGCAUUGAAGGGGAGGCGCGGAGCUGUCGCUGGGGGGCAUGA